AUGGCACGCGACACGGUGUCGCACAGUUGUAACAUAAACAACGUUAGCGGAGUGGUUAUUCAACGACGUCGUAGCGCAACACGUGUAUGCUGUUGCUCAGUGGAGCCGGGGAGGCUGCUGAAGACGACUGGACUCUUAAAGUCGGCUCAGAGAACACGCUCGUUAGCCGUCAUCCCGAUGUGCCAGGUGGAAGAAGACUACCACGAGCCGCUGCAGCGCGCGGACGUGCCCAGUGUUUCCAAGAAAUGUGUGAAAUGCAAAGAGGGGACUGCAGCCGUGGUCAUCCGAGCAGGAGAUGCCUUCUGCAGGGUUUGUUUCAAGGAAUACUUCAUCCAUAAGUUCAGAGCCGUGCUGGGCAAGAACCGCGUGAUUUUCCCUGGAGAGAAGGUGCUGCUGGCUGUAUCUGGAGGUCCUUCUUCCUGCUCAAUGCUCAGUCAAGUCCAAGAGGGUUUGAGUCAGAAUGCUCACAAGAGGCUGAGAUUCUUACCUGCCAUUGUCUUCAUUGACGAGGGCGGUGCAGUAGGUCAGGCUGUGGAGGACCGACGGAGGAUGGCUGCUGAGCUUCAGGCUGUGUUCAGAGCUACUGGUCUGCCCUUCAUCAUGGUGCCUCUGGAGCAGGUUCUAGACCUUCCCAGUUCAGCUUUGACGGCGGCGGCCCCGUCGCCUCGGGAACCAGCAGCCGGCGCCUACAAGGCGGCCGUGGAUGACUUUGUUCGGAGUGACGCGGGAGGCUGCCGGUCGUCGCUGGAACCGCAGCAAACGGCUCUCGCUGAUGUACCGGCGUCCCGCACGCACUUAUUGCAGCAGCUGAUUGGCUCGGCUCAGACGCUGACUGCCAGAGAAGACCUGCUCAGCACAUUAAGGCAGCAUCUGCUGGUGCACACUGCUCGCACUGAGGGCUACAGUAAAGUGAUGCUGGGAGACAACUGCACCCGACUGGCCAUCAAACUGCUCACCAGUAUAUCACUGGGCAGAGGAGCACAGCUGGCCCAGGACACGGGCUUCUCAGACUCCAGGUAUGGGGACGUCCUGUUAGUGAGACCAAUGAGGGACUACUCGGCUAAAGAAAUAGCUUACUACAACCGCCUGUUCAGCGUGCCUUCUGUUUUCAUACCGAGCCUGGAGACCAAGACGACGGACAAGUCCAGCAUCCAGCGUCUGACCGAGAGCUUUGUCACCAAGCUGCAGGCAGACUUCCCCUCCACCGUCAGCACCAUCUACAGGACCAGUGAGAAGCUGCAGACUGCAUGUAGGAGCUCCUCCAAGGCUGAUGUCUGUGACCGAUGUCUGCUGUGCAUGUGCGCCCUGGACACGGCUGCUGAGAAUGCUUCUGCCUUUAAGGCCACGCUGAUCUCGGAGCAGCUCUCUCAGGCUAAAUCUGCAGGAGCUCGCAGUGUUGUAAACCCAAGCCAUAACCAAGUUCCAAUGGAGCAAGAAUCCACUGCUGCCAUUGGAACGUGCUGCAGCUCUGGAGGAGAGGAUUGUGGGAGAGCAGCACGUGGUGAGGGCUGCUGUUCGUCUGCCAAGGGACCAGAGAGCCCCGAUCUGAUGAGCGUGUUGUGUUACAGCUGUCAGCUGACCAUCAGAGACAUGUCGUCGGUGGAACAUCUCCCCCACUACAUCCUGUCUGAGGCUCAGAGGAGGCAGAGAAGGUCUCACAUGAGAGAGGAGAUCGGGGAGUUCCUGCUGGAUGCAGGAGAUUAGAGGAAGAAAUGAAGCUGCAACAUACUACACAACUGUGCUCAUUUGGACCUGCAGGGGGCUGUGGUGUACUGACGCUUCACAAGGAUAUUCAUCUGUACGUCCUGUGUUUUCCAACAUGGACUCAUUCAGCACACUGGUGGAUGGUUACCUGUUACUGUAUGCCACAGUCAACAUAAUAAAGUCUCUAUUUUGGCUGCUUCA